AUGGCAAGCCCACAAGCCAGGGUGCAAGCCACGGCUUCAUUCCCCUCCCUCUCCGAAGAUCCAUCAGGAGCUGGUGAUCGACUUGUUUUCUGCCAUUUCAUGAUCGGCAUCUGCAGCAACCGCCAGGGAUCCGACGAAUACGACGGCGACAUGCAACGAGCCAAAGAUUUCGGCAUCGACGCUUUUGCCCUGAACAUCGGGACAGACUCCUAUACUGAUACACAGCUUGGCUUUGCCUAUGACUCCGCCGCUCGGAAUGACAUGAAAAUAUUCUCUCUUUCGACUUUAACUGUCAAACAAUAUGCCAGCCAUCCCGCCCAGCUCCUCGUCGAUGGCAAGGUGUUUGUCUCUUCCUUCGCAGGAGAUGGCAUAGACGUCGAGGCUAUGACUUCUGCUGCGGGUCAGGAUCUGUUUUUUGCUCCGAACUUCCACCCGGGCCAGGGUGAUUUCAGCGCAAUUCAAGGCGCGCUGAACUGGAUGGCUUGGCCGAGUGAUGGCAAUAAUAGGGCCCCGCGUGAGGGCCACAAUAUCACUGUCGCUGAUGGAGACAUGGCUUACCUAAAGGCUUUAAAUGGGAAGCCUUAUAUUGCACCCGUGUCUGCAUGGUUUUCAACCCAUUUUGGGCCAGAGGUCUCCUAUAGCAAAAACUGGGUCUUUCCCUCCGACUUGCUCUGGUAUAAUCGAUGGCGUGAGAUCUUGGCUCUUAAGCCUCGCUUUGUUGAGAUUAUAACCUGGAAUGAUUAUGGAGAGUCCCAUUAUAUCGGACCACUCUCCUCACCUCAUACUGACGACGGGUCAUCGAAAUGGGUCAUGGACAUGCCCCACGGCGGCUGGCUCGAAAUGUCCAAGCCCUUCAUCGCAGCCUAUAAAGCCGGAACCGAAACAGUCCUAGACUACAUCGAAGACGAGAAACUAGUGUACUGGUACCGGCCAACCAAGCGCAGCCUCGACUGCGACGCCACCGACACCACAAUGACAGGCAGCUCUCACCACGACAGCGGGAACUUCUUCACUGGGCGGCCAAAUGGUUGGGAGACGAUGGCCGACUCAGUCUUCGUCACUGCCCUAUUAAAGUCCCCUGCCACCGUCCAGGUCCAGUCCGGCGACCAAGCGAAGACCUUCCAAGCCCCCGCCGGGAUAAGUGCGUGGACGGCGCCAAUGGGGGUUGGCAAGCAGCAAUUUUCAGUGUCGCGUGAGGCACAGACCGUUUUCUCCGGGUCCAGCCUGAAAGAUAUCGUGGACUUUUGUGUCUGCGGGAUCUACAACUUCAACGCUUAUGUGGGGACGCUCCCGGCCCCUGCCUUUAUUGACCGGCUCCAGCCGGCGGGGAUGGCGCUACUGGGGCAGGGGUUGAAGGUCGAAUGCCCGAUGAAUACUCUCGGCGCUCCCUAG